AUGGGCGGACCGAAGAAGAGCAGCGGCGCGCUUGCUGCCGCCGACCAAAAGUCGUUUGACCCAAGCCUUACAUCGCUAUUCGCAAGCAGUUUGGGACCAGUCAAACUCCCACCAAAGUCGCGAUACCAGGAGCUCGUCAAACAGCACACGGCCGAGGAGCAUAGCGAAGAGGAAGACGAUAACGACGCUACUUUAUCUUCCAUCAGCGAAGACAUCGACGAUGCUGAUGAUGAUGCGGACGCAGCCUCGAACGACUCCGAUGAGGCAGCUAACGCAUCUUCAGAUGAGGGAGAGAAUGACUCUGAGAACGAGGCUGUGCUAUCUCAAAUACAGGAAUCGGCCGUGAAUGGCGCGCAAGAGCGGUCGAACAAGAAACGAAAGCGGGGCGCCAAAGACGAGGAUGUGGAGGAUGUAUACAUGCAGAAAAUCGCGCGAGAGGAGGCUAAGGAAGAAGAGGAGCGCAAGAAGAAGCGCAAAACCAAGACUGCAGACGUUGAAGAUGAAGAGGGCGGUGUAGCGGCAGAGUCCGACGAAGAGCCGCUCACGAUACCCAAGCACGAGACAUUGGCCGGAGCGGACGGCAACAGCGACGAGGUUGAGAAGGCUGCUCGUACUGUCUUCCUUGGGAACGUCUCCAGCGAGGCCAUUACUUCGAAAUCAGCAGAGAAGCAACUGAAGCAGCAUCUCUCGUCGUUCAUAGCAGACCUAGCGGACAAUAAGCCGCCUCACAAGGUGGAAUCCAUCCGCUUUCGAUCCACCGCAUUUGUUGGCGCGUUGCCGAAGCGAGCUGCGUUCGCGAAGAAGGAAAUCAUGGAUUCUACCACCAAGUCCACAAAUGCAUACGUUGUGUAUACGACCAAAACCGCCGCACGAGAAGCCGCAAAACGCCUCAAUGGCACUGUCAUACUCGGUCGACAUCUGCGCGUAGACUCCAUCGCACAUCCCGCCAAGGUCGACCACCGCCGCUGCGUCUUUGUAGGCAAUUUAGGCUUCGUCGACGAUGAGAGCAAACUGCCUACCGAAGGCGAUACAGAGAAGAAGAGAAAAAACAAGCCCCCGGGUGAUGUCGAAGAAGGCCUCUGGACACAAUUCUCGAAAGCUGGCAAAGUGGAGAGCGUGCGCGUACCCCGCGACGCCAAAACCCGCGUCAGCAAGGGCUUCGCUUACGUGCAAUUUGAGGAUGAAAACGCGGUGGAGGCAGCGCUGCAAUUUAAUGACCAAAAGUACCCUCCCCUAUUGCCCCGAAAGUUACGUGUCUCGAGGGCAAGGGCGGAGAAGAAGAAGAAAGAGAGGAAGCCUGCGGGUCCUGGGCCCUCAAAAGCCGACGAGGCAAAACCGAAGGGUGCGUAUAACGUCAAGAUUUCCGCAGAGGAGAAGUCACAGCGUGGACGAGCUGGCGCAAUGCUGAGCAAGGCUGCGAAAUUUAAGACUGCAGAGUCAUUCGUGUUUGAGGGCCAUAGGGCGAGUAGUCAGCAAGGUACUAGCGUGUUGAAGCUAGGUGGGAAGACGAAGAAAGGACCAAAUGGGCGCAAAUCAAGGAGCAAGGCGUGGAAAGCUGGCGGUGGGAAGAAAUAG